UCCGGUUCCGGUCCCGGCUCCGGGAGGCGGGGGAGAUGCUGCGGGCACGGAGGGGGCGGCCCGGGGCCGCAUUCCUGCAGCUCGCCGUCGCGGCGCGCGCCAUGGCCGGAGCGCCCACGGUCUCGCUCCCUGAACUGCGUUCGCUCCUGGCCUCGGGCCGGGCCCGGCUCAUCGAUGUGAGAUCUCGGGAGGAGGCGGCAGCGGGGACCAUCCCGGGGGCGCUCAACAUCCCGGUGUCUGAGCUGGAAAGUGCCCUGCAAAUGGAGCCCGCCGCUUUCCAGGCUUUGUACUCCGCCGAGAAGCCGAAGCGGGACGAUGAGAAUCUCAUUUUCUUCUGCCAGAUGGGCAAGCGGGGUUUGCAGGCCACGCAGCUGGCCCAGGGCCUUGGAUACACAGGGGCUCGCAACUACGCAGGGGCCUAUAGAGAAUGGUUCCAGAAAGAAGGUUAGGUAGAAGGUGGCUUACUGACGGCCCCCUCUCCCUCCCCACCGCGGCCACCGUAACUGCGCGCGAAAAGCAUCAAAUAAAGACCGUUUACUCGAA